AUGAACCACGACUUUGCACCUGCGCCUCCAGAGAUGCAGCAGCACAGGGCUCCGGGCCCCAGAACCUCUUUCUCUCGGGGCCACAUGCUGGGACGCCACACCCACCAAAAGCUCGCUGCAGAUGUGCCCCCACUCAUUCCUGUCAUCAAGAAGACUGUGCAUUUGGAUGCCUUCCCCCAAAGCAAUGUCCUACAGAAUUACAACCAACAAAGCAUUCGAUCUAGGGCCUGGAGUAUGUCCCAACAGGGCACUGCCACGGGGCCCCUGAGUUCCAUGCCUCCUAAUAGCUUUAUGCCCAGGAAACUCAGUUCUAUUUCCUUAACAAUUCACCACAAUGCCCAGACUCGGGCCAUAGACGCCUCGCUUUCUCAUUGGGAAGAAUUGCCCAAUUUGCACAAGGAGGCUGCGGCGCACAGAGAAGGAAAGUUGCCUGCUUCAAAUCUGCCACUCAUGGCUCAAGGGUCACAGGUCAGGACCUCCUCUGAAGGCCAUGGGAACCCAGACCUUCCCAAAUCCAACAGGACACCUGCAGCGGAUAAGCCUCUGGUGUCUUCAUGUCUGACUUUACCUUUCCAAGCUCAGUUCACUCAGAGUUCAUCAAGUCUUCCAGGGACAGGUCCCAUGCGUCAAGUCCAUACCAGAAGCUCUGCAGGAAGAGGCAAGAGCAGGCCCAGGGGUAUUCUCAGGGGUGUUCCCAGGUCCCGAGCAUACCUUCAAAGGACGGCCUCUGCCACAGAUUUGUCUAUUGUGAGCACGAAACUAGAGAGAGCCAGAAACCUAGGCACAGUGGCUAUCAACACACCCACACCAAACCCAUCCGGACUGAUCAGAAGCAAGGAGCUUCCUAUUCUGGACGCCAAAAUGGGCCUGGCUACCAACUUACCUAUGGUAUCCAAGUCGGGAAAAGCCACAGACUUGAUUACAGUAGGCACAGCCAAGAAUUUAGCUAGAGCAGGGACAACCAAGCCACUCCAGGUUAUAAAUUUGGUAACUGCAGAGUUAGACAAGAAGGAAAAUGAUAUGCUUCUGACCACGGGGGGCUCAAACAUGGCUUUGACAACAUUGAAUGAGGCCAAGGGGGGCAUAACCAGGUUGGACACAGUCAAAGCUUCGACUGGAGCCACCGUAGGCAAACUGUAUACAGCUGUAGAUUUCCCUGCAUUGGACACAAACAGACUAGGUACAGCCGUGGAUUCAGUUGUGCUGGUCUGCCCAGACCCAACCACUGGUGAGACCAGGCCACAUAUUGUCAACAACCUGACUAACCCAGACACGGCUACCUAUGCUACCUCUCCUCUAAUGGCGAGCAGAAGUACAGACCCAGCCCAGGACCAUGUCACUGCGGAUGAUGCUUCCACAGACAGCACCAUGGGACUCGCCUCGCUGGACCUGGCCAGAGAACUCAAAGGGCUCCCAGAGGCUAGGACGGACACAGCCAUGUCAGAGCUGGUGCCCGAGCCCAGGCCUAAGCCGGCGGUGCCCAUGAAGCCGGUCAGCAUUAACUCCAACCUACUAGGCUACGUUGGCAUUGACACCAUUAUCGAACAGAUGCGCAGGAAGACCAUGAAGACUGGUUUUGACUUCAACAUCAUGGUCGUUGGCCAGAGUGGACUGGGCAAGUCGACGCUGGUCAACACACUGUUCAAGUCCCAAGUGAGCCGGAAGGCCUCCAGCUGGAACCGGGAGGAGAAGAUCCCGAAGACAGUGGAGAUCAAAGCUAUUGGGCAUGUGAUAGAGGAAGGUGGUGUCAAAAUGAAGCUGACGGUCAUCGACACGCCAGGCUUUGGAGACCAGAUCAACAAUGAAAACUGCUGGGAGCCCAUUGAGAAGUACAUCAAUGAACAGUAUGAAAAGUUCCUGAAAGAGGAGGUUAAUAUCGCCAGGAAGAAGCGCAUCCCUGACACCCGGGUCCACUGCUGCCUCUACUUCAUCUCCCCAACGGGACACUCCUUACGACCACUCGAUCUUGAGUUCAUGAAACACCUCAGCAAAGUGGUGAACGUCAUUCCUGUCAUUGCCAAGGCUGACACCAUGACCCUGGAGGAGAAGUCUGAAUUCAAGCAGAGGGUUCGCAAAGAGCUUGAAGUAAACGGCAUUGAGUUCUACCCUCAGAAGGAGUUUGAUGAGGAUUUGGAGGACAAGACAGAGAAUGACAAAAUCCGGCAGGAGAGCAUGCCCUUCGCGGUGGUGGGGAGUGACAAGGAGUACCAAGUGAAUGGCAAGAGGGUCCUCGGGAGAAAAACACCCUGGGGGAUCAUCGAAGUCGAAAACCUCAACCACUGUGAGUUUGCCCUGCUUCGAGACUUCGUCAUCAGGACUCACCUCCAGGACCUCAAAGAAGUAACACACAACAUCCACUAUGAAACUUACAGGGCCAAGAGGCUCAAUGACAAUGGAGGCCUCCCUCCGAACAAAAAGCUGUGCGCCUCACUCAGGAGGUUUGGGGAAGGUUUUAUUUUAAAAUGCUGGGAGCAGGUGAGCCACAGGCAACUCUUUCUUACUUCUGACCCGCCCACAGCCUGGGGAUGCAGGUAUUCAUGGACUGGUGACCGAGUUAGCCUCUGGUGGGCUGUGGGAGCACAGAACCACUUUUCACUGUAAGUUGAGGUAAUCUGGACUGAGACUAGGACUUCUUGGGAAGAUGGAGAGAAACGUCACAGGGUGCAAAGAAGAAAGCUGAGGGGGCUCCUGCAGAAUUGGUGUCUGGAAAUGGAGCUCCACACUUGUGUCUAGGUUGAGGUCACUGUCAAACAGCAGGUCAUCACCACUGCUAACCACUGCUUCCUGUGCUCGCCCUCCCCAUAUUUCCAGGCUGGUUAGUUCCCUCCUCUUCCUGAUUUCUCUUUCCCCUCCCCAGCUUCCUUUGCUUCCUUUCUUCGUACAUUCAUAUAUUCACACACUCGCCCCUUUCCUGCCUGUCUCUGACCUUUUAUCUCCUGUUAGAGUAAUCUAUGUUAGCUUCCUUUCUGCAUUUAGAAAUCAGGCCCGGCCUGCUUCCUACAUUGACUUUCUACUGCCCUUAGAUUGAAUCACAGCUAGGAGCCGGAGAGAUAAUGGCUCUGUGCUCAGUAUCAUCUUUCACUCUUGCAGUGGACCCAGGCUCAGUUCCCAGCACUUUCCUGGUGGCUUACAGUUAUCUGUGACUCCGGUUCCAGAGGAUAUGACGCCCCCUUUUAGCCUCCAUGAGCAUGGUGUACAUACACACACACACACACAGACAAGCACUCAUAUGCAUAAGGUAAAAAUUAAUAAACCUUAAAAAGAAUAAGAUCAGAAGUAAAAGCACGUGGUAGUACAUGCUAAGACUGCAAGAGGAUUUCAAGUCUAGAGAAGACUAGGAAAGCCAGGUUCGGCGACCGACCCCUGAAAUUCGCUCUGACUUGGGAGUAGCCUGGAGAAAUGGGAGAACUUGGUAGCUUGGGCUGCACCUGGUGUCCUGUUCAAGGAAGUACGUGUUAUUGGUCAAAUGAGGCAACCGUUAGGCGGAGGGAAUUACAUUUGAGAAUUCUGAAGUAUCGGAAAAAAUAUCCAGAGUUUCUGAGGUGGCUGGACUUCUGAGAGAAAUUUUAACACGUUUCCCUUUCUCGAGUAGCCUUCUGUCUGUGUUAAGCUGGCUUCUCUGCGGCUUUGUUCUGUACAAACUCUCUGUUCUCAUUUGUCUGUCUUCCUCGGCUUCUCCCCUCCCCGAAUUCUCUCACCGUCCGACCCUGUAGACGUUCCCAGGAGCACCCAUAGCUGUACAUUUAUUGCCUUCUCGGGAGCCCCGUAUUUAUUAAUGCACACUUUUACUGUUCCUUGCACAUCCAAGUUAUUCUUUUGUUCCUGUAGUUUCUAAGGCUGCUUUAAGCAAAGCCAUUUAGCCUUAGGAAAGGGAAGACACCAUGUGAUUCUGUUUACAACUGAUCUAUUCACUAUCCCACCUCCCGGUCCAGCCUGGGUGUUGAACUGGUCCUCCCUGAAUGCCAGCAUUUUUGACCUAUAUUACCCAGUCACUAAAGAGAGAGAGAGAGAGAGAGAGAGAGAGAGAGAGAGAGAGAGAGAGAUGGAAGACCCAGAAUUCAGUGGACCAAGUGGAAGAGAAGGAAAUGAUCAGAUCAUGUGACCCUAAUCCUAUGGUCUUAGCCUUUCCUGAGAACUGCUCUAUCUCUAGACCUCAUCCCUCAUCCCCCCUUUUCCCAUAACAUUACUAAAGAAUAGUCAGCUGUCAGGCUAGAACGGUAGCAACAUUAUAGAGCUGGCUGGCUGCUCCACUGAGCUGCUCUGUAUAGUGAAUGGGAUUGGACAACUAAGGCCAGCAGGUGCUAAGGACGGUGGGCAUUGGAGAUGCUAAGUAGGAGAAUGCUGCCUGUCUCCCCUAAGCUGUGGUCUCACUGUCCCUGGAGAGGCUGUGUUAUGUGUCUGCUGCCAGCUGCCAGUCUCCACACCCUCAACCAUUCUCAACUCCCCCUGCAGGGAGAAGGCCUCCUGGGCACUGUCCUUCCACCUGUGCCAGCCACCCCCUGCCCCACUGCUGAAUGAAGGCCAUUUCAAGUGCUGCUUCUCCCUCAUCCCUCCCAGCUGUUAUUGCUGCAGGGCCACGCCCCCUUUAGUGCCGUGCUUGUCCAGCCCACCAGCACAGCCCCUCUCAGCCCUCGGCCAGUGGGAGGGGCUAGCUGCGUCUCUAGGACAGUUGCUUCCUCCGUUUAGCCAAACUACUCCUCUCCUCCCCCACGGAAUGGAGUUCCCGCCAGCACCACCCUGCUCUACCAUCUAUGUUCAGCAGCCCCAGCCCUUGUGUAGGCAGGAGGAACUCACGGAGAGCUUCUCCUGCCCUUGCAAGCGCACACCAGCGACUGGUAACUGUCUCCAAGGGAACCGGCAUUGCUCCCUAGCCAUUCAUCUGCAUGAGUACUUUCUUGGCUACCGUAACCGGUCAAGAAAGCAGCUUUCCUGCUUGUCAGAGUCACUGAGGUCAGCCGUGUGAGCCCCUGUGUGGGACAAGGGUGUCUCCUUCAUUGCUUCAAAGUAUUUAUAAGGGUGAUUGAUUAUACAUGUUGGGGAGCCAGAUGACUAGCGUCACUUUAAAAAAAAAUCACCGCUGGUGGCUGGCCCAGUGAGUAUGUGUGUAGACAACCUGUUUACCCCAAAAUAUGGCCAUCCGGGAAGUGGUUUUGCUGAAAAGAGGUUGCUGGAGUUGACUUCCCUAUCCCCAAACUUUAAAAGAAAGGGAAUUAAACACACACACGGACUACUCCAAACCCACAAGCUAUACACUCUAGGAAGAAAAAAUAGCACCCUUUUGUACAUUUAGCAAUAAGAGGGAUCUCUUCCCACCUACCCUGACUAUUCCUGCUCCCAUCCUCCACCCUGUUAAUGUGAGCGAUGCAUUAGCCUGACCACAGGUGGUCGCUAUAGGCUAAUGGAAAAUACCCAACGGAGGGCAAAGCCCCCCUCAGAUGCAUGAAUGUUUGCGGACGGCUGCCACUGCCCCAUACACUGUGUCUUUAUAGGACCCUCCCUCAGCCACCCCACCUGCCAUCUCCACCUGGACACAACUUGCUCAAAGGCUGGUGACUUGUGGGCCAUUCAUCUACAAGUCCUGAUGGAACAAGGCCCAAGCCUAGGGGAUGCAAGAACGACCCAUUUUUAAGACGUUACUAGUCCCAGCCAAUGUUUUGGUGAUAUUCCAGUUUAGUUUCCCAGUUGAAAACAAGCCAACAGACACUCAGACUGGUCGUGUAAAUGUUGCUAGCCUCUGUUGUACAACUAAACAUUACUGUUUGAACAAUAA